CCAGCCUCCACCCCCACCCCCACCCCACCAGGGAAACUUUGCUAGGGCUGCAGAGGUGGCUCUGCUGCCUGGCCCAGCCCUCCAACUCAGGGCCUGCCCCUCAGCCCGCCCCCAGACUGGGUGGGGUGACCCCUUACGAAAGCUCAGAGUUUCCAACAGCAGCUUCUUCCUCUAAGAGCCUCUGGUGUGGCUGGAGCCAGAUUUGAGGAACAGAAUCUUGCCGAGUCCUGCUUAAGGCCUUCAACCCCGGGGUCAGGAAGUUUGGAAGAUGAGGCCCUUCAGCCCUGAGGUCAGCAGGGACAGGUGGGCAGAAGGAGGGCUGGGCUGACCUGUCCUUGGUCAUGGAGCACCCCUCCUACCUCCAAUGGCUGGCGAGGAUUCCUGGGGGAGAAGACAGGAAAGGCCCCCUCGUCAGUCAGGUCUGCCCCGGGGGCUGAGGGCCUGGCUCUUAGCCGUUCUGCUCAGAACAGAUGUCAUGACUUCUGUGGCCCUUGGGAGAGAGGAGUGGGCAAAUUUAGGCCUGGGCAAGGCCUGCAGGAGACAGAAGGCAGAGGUCUGGUGGAAGGGGCUACUCGAUGUGUCCUCCAGUGGCAGUAUUCCCCUCCGUGCCUCUCCUUUGCCCUCUGACCUCCCUGAGCCCUGCAGGCUAAUGUUUACCUGAAGCCAGAACAGGGGUGGAUUAAUGAGCAAGGAGCUUGGUUUGCCUGCCCUGAGCAGGGGUCAGAGUUCAAGGCCUGCUCUCAGCUCUGCCUCCCCUGGCCAGGUUUCCCUAGACCUACCCUGUGCCAUGGCAGCCCAUCUGCUUCCCAUCUGCGCUCUCUUCCUGACAUUGCUCGGCAUGGCCCAAGGCCCCAGGGGCCCCGUGGUACCCAACCAGCCCUUCACCACCGUCUGGAAUGCAAACACCCAGUGGUGCCUGGAGAGACACGGUGUGGACGUGGACGUCAGUGUCUUUGAUGUGGUGGCCAACCCAGGGCAGACUUUCCGUGGCCCUAACAUGACCAUUUUCUACAGCUCCCAGCUGGGCACCUACCCCUACUACACGUCUACUGGGGAGCCCGUGUUUGGUGGCCUGCCCCAGAAUGCCAGCCUGGAUGCCCACCUGGCCCACACAUUCCAGGACAUCCUGGCUGCCAUGCCUGCAUCCAACUUCUCAGGGCUGGCAGUCAUCGACUGGGAGGCAUGGCGCCCGCGCUGGGCCUUCAACUGGGACGCCAAGGACAUUUACCGGCAGCGCUCACGGGCACUGGUACAGAGGCAGCACCCCGACUGGUCGGCUCCUUUGGUGGAGGCAGCAGCUCGGGACCAAUUCCAGGGGGCUGCACAGGCCUGGAUGGUACGCACCCUCCAGCUGGGACAGGCACUACGGCCUCGUGGCCUCUGGGGCUUCUACGGCUUCCCUGACUGCUACAACUAUGACUUUCUAAGCCCCAACUACACAGGCCAGUGCCCGCCGGGCAUCCGUGCCCAGAACGACCAGCUGGGGUGGCUGUGGGCCCAGAGCCAUGCCCUCUACCCCAGGAUCUACAUACCUGCAGCACUGGAGGGCACGGGGAAGUCACGGACGUUUGUGCGGCACCGUGUGGGUGAGGCAUUCCGUGUGGCUGUGGGUGCUGGGAACCCCAAUCUGCCAGUGCUGCCCUAUGUCCAGAUCUUCUAUGACAUGACGAACCGCUUUCUACCUCUGGACGAGCUGGAGCACAGCUUGGGGGAGAGUGCAGCCCAGGGGGCAGCAGGAGUGGUACUCUGGGUGAGCUGGGAGAACACAAGAACCAAGGAAUCAUGCCAGGCCAUCAAGGAAUAUGUGGACAGCACGCUGGGGCCCUUCAUCCUGAACGUGACCAGUGGCGCUCUUCUGUGCAGUCAAGCCCUGUGCUCAGGCCAUGGCCGCUGUGCCUGGCACCCCAGUUACCCCGAGGCCCUUCUCAUCCUCAACUCUGCCAGUUUCUCCAUCAAGCUCACACCUGGUGGUGGGCCCCUGACCCUACAAGGUGCCCUCUCUCCUGAGGAUCAGGCCCGGAUGGCUGUGGAGUUCAAAUGUCACUGCUACCGUGGCUGGAGGGGAGCACGGUGUGAGCAGCAGGGCAUGUGGUGAUUGGCUACACACCAGAUGCACACACUGCGCACCUAAUGCACUCUGGGCUUGGCCACAGCUUUCUCAAGUACAGGCACAGUCACACAAGUCAUGGUCACAGUCAGGAGUAUACUCCGCCACGGUCAUAAGCAUAUGACUGCACAGGCACACAUGCUUACAGACGGGGAUAAUUGCACAAAGAGUUAGAGCCUCAGGGGCCAGCCCUGUGGCCUAGUAGUUAAAGUUCAGCACACUCCACUUCCAUGGCCUGGGUUCAUGGGUUCAGAUCCCAGGCUUGGACCUACACCACUCAUCAGCCAUGCUGUGGUGGCAACC